UCAGCUACAAGAACCUUCUCAAUUCCCUUCUAGCGCUUCGUCUUCAUUCUUCCCUUUCUAGAACUUCCCUCCAAACCGAGGGGGUUAAAAAAGGAAAAAAAAAAACCUACUCUUUCUCAAUCCUUAUAGCAAGUUCAAUAAUGGCGGAAGAGCUCAGGCUGGACCUAGAGGAGCUGAAGCAUCUGGAGACGAUCGCCAAGAGACCUCGCGUUCUCUCUAUUCUCUCCUCCGAGAUUCGAAACGUCGAUGCGAAGAUUGCGAAGGCCAAUGCUCAAGCGGCAUCGUCAUCGUCAUCGGCAUCGAUCGGAGGCGCUUCGAGUGCUUUGAAAUAUGUAACUAUUGAUAAGUUCAGUUGGGAUCAAGACGAUGAUAAAAUUAAGGUAUAUGUGUUCCUUGAAGGCGUGGCGGAAGAAAAACUGGAGACAGUUUUGAAGCCUAUGUCUGUGGACAUAAAAUUUCAUGAUGUCCAAGGGAAUAAUUACCGAUGUAGCAUUCCCAAACUGAACAAGGAGAUUGUUCCUGAGAAAUGCAAGGUGUUUGUUAAGCCUUCAAAAGUCAUCAUCACACUUUACAAAGCUUCUAAAGGAAACUGGUUAGACUUGCAUUUCAAAGAAGACAAGUUGAAGCCAAGCACUGACAAAGAUAAAGACCCGAUGGCUGGAAUAAUGGAUUUGAUGAAGAACAUUUAUGAGGAAGGUGACGACGAUAUGAAGAGGACAAUUGCGAAGGCGUGGACAGAUGCUAGGUCUGGAAAGACAGCCGAUCCACUAAGCCGUUACGCGACGUAAUCCUCUCUUUCUGUCUAUUUUGGUUCAUUUUCUUUCGUUAAAAAAAAAAAAAGGUUUUGCGCGUCUCUGGAUUAAGGUUGGGAGCCAUGAUAUGUAAAUGCCAUAUUUAGACAGCAGUAACCUAAUGCGUUUUAGAAUUUGUAGUUCGAUGAAUGUCAUAGGAGUUGUCAUGAGUUCUGUUGGUGUAUCAGUUCGAAGUGUUUAUAGUGAAGAGGUCUUUCUCCUUUUUUUUUUGUA